AUGACAGGUGCCAUGAAAGUGUCAAUCAUGCUCCUCCUAGUAACUGUGUCCGACUGUGCCGUGAUCACUGGGGCCUGUGAGUGGGAUGUCCAAUGUGGAGCACGCACCUGCUGUGCCAUCAGCCUGUGGCUGCGGGGGCUGCGGAUAUGUACCCCACUGGGUCAGGAAGGAGAAGCGUGCCACCCCAGCAGCCACAAGGUCCCCUUCUUCCGGAGACGCCAGCACCACACCUGUCCCUGCUCACCCAACCUGCUGUGCUCCAGGUUCCUGGAUGGAAGGUACCGCUGCUCCGUGGACUUGAAGAACAUCAAUUUUUAG